AUGAAAAGCGGAUUAUUUUGGAUAGUUAUUUUAAAUAUUUGCUUUUCUCUUUUCGGAGUUAGUUAUGAAGAGGAUAUUGGAACAGAAUCAAACAAAUUAGAUUCUAAUUUGAUAGAUUCGUCAUUUUAUUCAAAUUUAAGAAACGCCAACAAAAAUGAAGAAAUGGUCUAUGAACUUGAAAAUUUGGAUUUAGGAGAAAAUGAAUAUGAUACAGAAGAAAUAAAUUUGGAAAUCAAAAAUGAAAUAUUAUCAAACCCACCUGAAAACACAGAAAUUCAUAACCUAAAAGGCCCCAGAGGAGGAGAUCCAACCAUUUCUCAUAUACUUAAUAAUCCUACUUUAAAAGGAUUUGAAGGAAGAUUAUUUAUUCAACGAAGAAAAUUAUUAAAUAUGAAAAAAAAGUUAGAUGAAAUUCAUAAAUUAUUAAGUGAAAGAAUGAAUGAAUUUUGCUCACAUCUACAUAAACGAAAUCACAAUUAUACUGAUAAUAUUAGAGAAGAGGAAAUACAUGAAAUAUCAUAUAAAAACAAUUCUGAAUAUAUUAAAAUGCUACUUUAUACUAAGAAAAUCUUAGAAUUCUUAAAAAGCUCAAAGUUGGAUGAAAAAAUUUACAAAAGUUAUUACUAUCCAAUUAUACAGAAAAAUAUAGGAGUUCAACGUUAUAUUAAAAAUUUAGUUAAUAAUUCUAUGGAUACUAUAGAUUUUAUUUACAAAAAAAAAGGGUUUGUUGGUGAUAUAGAAGCAAACAUAAAAUCCAAAUCAAGUAGUGAUUUAGAAAAAUAUUUGAAAUCUAAAGAAUUUAGUGGAUCUGUUAUGAACACUUUAUAUGAUGUAGAUAUUUCUGAUGAUGGUAUUUUUAGUACUACAAAAGCUAAAAUAACAUUAGGUAUAUUAGGUUGUAUACUUGUUGGUGGUGGAAUAGCAUUUGCUUUUUAUUAUAAGAAAAUGAUGUUUAAAAAUUAA